GUCGUGCUUGGUUGGGUCAAAGUGCAAUUACAAGGCUGAAGAAUCGGCGCGUAACAGAACCCGCUCCAGCAGCUUUUUCGGGUAAGAAAGUCCGAUGUUAACGGGCCAUAGCACAAUCUGUUUAAUAUCCGUCAUCGCUUGAUUUUCAAAGUAUAUGCAGUUCACUGCUUGAUUUGUUCCAGGCUGACUGAAUGUUGGAAGUUGGCACCCACUCUUGAAGAAGUAAACUGAACCAAUCUGAUGUUGAUGCUAGUGCAUGCAGUUCAGCAUGCGUUUAUUCAUUGCUCAUUUAGCAUUUGGUUGGGAUAGGCUACAAGAGUUUCUCGAUUUAUUUCCAGUGGUGUGCCUCUGUGAUGGAGACCUGUAGGGAUAAGGCAGUGAAGACAUACAUGUAUUAGAGGUGGGAGGAAGAUCCUAGCCAUAUAUUCCAGGCAAAAUCCCUUGGAAUCUGGGAGAAACUGAAAAACCAAUCCACCUGCCCACCUAGAUAGGGGUGGCAAAUGGCAAAGAAGGUACCAAUGUGUCAACCUGACUCCUUGGGUUUUGUGACUCAUGGAAGAUUAAACCCAAGCAACUGCAACAACACCUUAAACGAUCGUCCUCAUUCAGGACUGUUAAAUGUAACCCAACUGUGCCGGGUUUUGUGGCAUCAAAAUCAAAGUAAAGUCAACAUGUGCAUGAACAUGAAGGAAAUGAUUGAUCUACAAAAUUGUUAGUACUCUCAGGCCUGUAAUUGCACAUUGGCUACAGAGAUCAAGGUCUCUGGAGACCACGGGUAGCCUUGGUGCCUACUUGAAGCGAAAGAUCCAUGACCUUGCCCCUUCAGAACGGAAAUUCCAGGUCACAGUGCAGUCUGGUUACUCAGGCCUGACUCAACCCCUUGACUGUGGCCUCUUGACACCUGGCCUGCCUGCAGGGGAUGUUUUCUGGAGGGGAGAUGGGAAGGGUUGGCUACUAUCUCCCCUUCAUCUUUGUCGGCAAAAGAGUCUUUCUUUUCAGCAGAUUUAUGGAACUGAUGGCAGAAGAAAAUGUCUUGCUAACAGUGUAUACUGCCCAUUGUCGGGUACAGUUCAGUACCACCUGUUUUAACAGGGCUCCCCGGUGUUAGAUGGUACCACUGUUGUCUACCGGUUGUUACUUUAUAUGUCAAGGGACCAGCUUACAAGGGAGUUAACAUACAUGUAGGACGGAGUUUGUUAGCCGCCGCCAAUAAAAUGAGUGAAGGAGGCUCACUUGGACUUGACUAUGGUUAUGGUUGAGAUCAGUCUCUUGUCACAGCUUAGAAGUGUAUUUAUGGCUUAGAGGUGCACUCUUCUCGCACUGUAAUGCACUUCCUCUAGUACACGUAGGCACAUGGCCUCAUGUAACAUCAACAGACCGCUCCACUCAUCAAAGACAAGCUGGGCAAUUUUCACUUAGUGGGACUUUGAAAGCUGGAGAAAUUCUGGGUUGCUUGUAGGCAAUAUUUGAAAAAUGUUGAAAGGCACCUUAAUUGAGCCCAUGACGUAAUUAAAGUGUAAAAAAUGCUUACUCACUGCUAAAAGGGCAAAGAGUCGAAGCAUUAUUGACUAUGGCAUUAUUGCUUUGAAAGUAAAUUUUGACCACGGAAGUGUCAUGCUGCCCUCUAGAGGCAGACUUAAUAUUGAUACCACUAGGUCUUUGAAGAAUGAUCUUUCGUUUGUUACUGAAAGUUAAUUUGCAUGUGGAAUUUAGCAUCAAUGUGUGCAGAAAUUUCAGCCUUGGUUGGCCUUUUUGAUCAAAUUGGCAUGUACAGUAGUGUCACAGUGCUUCUGGCAUGUCUGGCAGCGGCAUCCUCUUGUUGGUAUGUUGGUAAUCAUACACCGCAAAAAGUUUUUUGUUGGAGGCCUAUAGCUUGCCAAGUUCUUGUGUUUGGCAGGAAGUGCAACUGUGAUAUUCCGGUAACAAAAGAAAGGCCUACAUGUACAUGGACAAACAGAAAAUGUGUCAUGGAUCCAGGAGCAUAUGCGAAACUUUUAUUUUGUCCCCAGCAGUGGCUUUUUAAUCACUGGCUUCAUGAUUUGUAGGCUCCUGGCUUUGGCAGCUCUGACCAGAUGUUGGUCCACAAGCAGUAUGCAUUCCUACAUUGUGAAGAGAGAGUUUGGAGUCAUUGCACAGGGUUUAAAGAUAAAAGACUCACAUAAACUUCAGGUACAAAAGGUUCCCAUGCCAGAGGCAACACUGUACUGAUUCUGUGUGUAAGAAAUGGCCAAGGCAUCAACUGUAGAAGUGUGAGAGCGCCCUCAUUUGUCAGGCUUUGUCCAGUUUACUACAUGCAUUUGGAUAUCAAUGGAUACAUACAUGUACAUGUAUCUUUGAAGAUACCAGUACACCUUAAGCAUAGUUCCUUGUUGGUGCAUAUCCUUUGUAACUAAUUUUGUUGUAGGGAAGUGGUUUGCAUUAAAUUUUCCUUUGCCACAACCCUUUUCUCGAACGGACCAGUGUCACGUUUCCUCAUAAUGAAAUUCACAACUAACAUAGCAGUUGAACAGUUUUUGUGCAGAUGGUAAACUCCUUGAUACGUGUAUUUAGCACCAAGCGUGUAGAAGGAAUAGAAGAAAGGAUGGAGGUUUUUUACUGUUAAUAAUGUUAUGACCAGGGCUUCUUGUAAUUCCGUAAUCCAAGGUUGAGCCCAGCAAAUCCCCUGUUGUUCAUUUGAACUCUGCAAUUAGAGCAUGUUUCAUUCUCCUGAACUUUAUGGCCCCAGCUUUACCAUUUAACAGUGUUAACUCCAAAGAGAUUCAAUGAAGGGGUCUGCCAAUUAUGUACUGAGGGCAAGCCGUCUGAACAGUACUUGUGCAUGUACGCAAGCCACAAGCAAAAACCAUAGGCUUGGCUCCAGCAAGGCAGUGAUCGCAUUCAUAACCCACAAGGAAAUGCUUCACACACAAAAAGACCCAAUUUUCUCUGGUGUAACCUCCCCCCCUUCAGCCCUCCUGGAAAUUAAUUUGCAGUACACUGUGUAGCGGCUAUUGUGAUGUCAGUUUCCAUUCAUCUGCCCUGGUGCAUGUAGUUACCCAGGACAAAAGCCUCAUUUGUUAUUUUAGAUUAAGGGGCUCUUAAAAGUGCCUCCAUGGCAGAGUGCUUGACCAUACAGCUGUACAUACCACAGUUAGAGGAUGUCAGCAUUUGUGAGAGUGUUACUUCUGUGGACUGUCUUCUUGAGAGAGAAGUCCAUGUUAUCUGUUUCUAGCCCCUCCCCCCACAAGGCCAGUUAAUUUCCACACACUUCUUGAAGUUGAAAUGCCACAACAGAAAUUGGAAAUAGACUGCUCUUAAUGGCAGCCCGACAAACUCUGCAUACACUGGACAAGACGGGGGAGAAAAAAGUCCACAGAGCUACACCAGUGGGUUCCUGGAAUCAAAGAUCCCUAUCGAGGCACCAUAGUAUGGACAGUACCUGAGAAUGUAGAAAUGACAUGCACACUAUUCAAGGAGAACAGACCUGAUGCACCCUUCGAAGACAAGGAAUGGACAUUUAUUGUAGAAGACGAAGCCAAGAAGGGCAAGCACCGUGCCCUCUGCCAGAUCACCAUCAACAUGAAGGACUUUGCCAGUUUGGUGCCCACCCAGGAGCAGCGGAAGUUCACCCUGCGGCCCAUCAGCAAGAAAUGCAUCUCGGCCACCAUGACACUCACCAUCUCCUGCAUGCUGCUCAGGGAGGGCUCGGCCACUGAUGAUGACAUGCAGAGUCUGGCCUCCAUCCUGUCCUACCAGCAGCCCGACAUCGCUGACCUGGACGAUUUCGAUGAUGAAGAUGAAGAGUUUGACCGGGAACUUACCUCGGCCAAGAUCUCAGAGCUGGCCAGCCACUACAAGCUGGAGCUCCUGAAUGAGGACGAGGAAGACCCUUUCUGCCUGUCAGAAGAGGCAUUCGCAGAGGUCGAUGAUGACCCUUUCAAGAAGUGCGGGAGUAGCAAGCGACACAGUCAGAGCGACGAUGUGUCCUUCUCCAGUGAUCCGGCCAACCCCUUUGACGAGGCAGAUCCAGACCCAGACCUCAGCUUCACCACCACCAGUCAGUCGUUUCAAUCCGGCCAGUCGUCCCGCCAGAGCUUCAGUGCUAAGGAGCCCCUGAGUGCCCGGGGUAGUGUCAUUCCCCAGAUCACGCCGGAGGAGAACAACACGUUUGAUGAGGCGCAGGGGGAACCGGGAGACUCGGAUGAGAAUUCCCCGACGGAAGGAAGCCGUUACCGGAAGCGGAAAGCCCCAGCGCCCCCUUCCUCCACCCAGCCCAAUCCCCUUGCCCAGCUGUUCCAAAGCCAAGCUCUCCAGAACAACAACACCACGGCGACGGAUGCUGAAACGCCCCGCACCAAUGUCAUGGAGUUCAAGAAAGUUGGGCCGCCGGUGAAAGCCGAGGUACCGGUGAGGGAAGAACAGGAGGCCAGUAGGCCAGCACCUGUUGUAAAGACGGUGAACCCCAACGUGCUAAGUCCAAAGAAGACUAACAAGAACACGCCCAGCCAGGAGCUCUUGGAGUGGUGCAGAGAGAACACGAAAGGCUAUCGGGGAGUCAGGGUGACCAACCUGACCACAUCGUGGCGGAAUGGCCUAGCAUUUUGUGCCCUCAUCCAUAAAUUCCGACCAGAGCUCAUUGAUUUUUCGUCUUUGUCCCCUCAUGACAUCAAGGAAAACAACUCUAAGGCUUUCGAGGCUGCUGCCUCCAUGGGCAUCCCCAAGCUACUGGACCCCAAGGACAUGGUCCUACUGGCUGUGCCGGACAAGCUGGCCGUCAUGACCUACCUCUUCCAGAUCCGGGCCCACUUCACGGGCCAGCAGAUGGAGCUGCAGCGCAUCGGCGACACGGCCAAGAAGAGCACCUACGUGGUGGGCAAGUCCAGUACGGACGCCGCGCUGAGCGAGGACGUGUUCCAGCAGGAAGCCCUGAGCGUCCGGGACAAGCCCAACAAGGUCCCUCGGGUGGAAGAGGUGGACGGCCACACACCGGUGACAGUGAACGGCACGGGUGGUUCCACUCCCACCAGUGGGACGGGCAGCAGCUCCACCCCUGUUAACCAGAGCCCCACCAAGUUGAACAGACGCCGGUCCUCCUCAGGUAGUCGGCACUCGUCAGAAGGGGAGGACCUGGGCAAUGAUAAACCGAAGCUCCCCGAGACUAACGGGACAAUGCAGAGUUCCAAGGAAACGGACUCGGUGACCGAUAAGGAGGAGGAACUGGAUAGCGAGCCCAAAGGCCACUCAGGACAGGGUAGCAUGGACACAGACUUGUUGCAGGAAAUCAGGGUUGAUGCAAAUGGCACAAAGGCAUCCGAAGAUGGGAUGGAGGAUGAAGAAAUUGAUAUGAAAGAGCUAACAAGGGAGGAACAGUUGAAAGCCAGAGCUAGGAAGCUCCUAGACCAAGCACGACGAGAUGCUGCCACCAAGCAGAGCAUUCGAAGGCCAGCCAAGGAGAAAGCUGAUGAGAAGGAGGAAGCCAAUGAGGAAGAGAACGAGAGACAGAAGGAGUUGAGACUGCGAGCGAGGCGGCUCAUCGCAGAGGCCAGACAAGGCAUCAACAAGCCGGAGAUUGAAGGCAUUGAAGAGAUGUCCCAAGCAGCCAAAGACCAGCAGGAAGCAGGAUCCAGAUUCAAGUUUUAUCAGUUUGGGGACAAGAUUGAGGCACCCACAAAACGAGAUGCACCGGCAUCGCCGGUUACCAACUCAGCAGACAACCAGCCAAUAAAGAGAUUAUCACGGGGCAGCGUGGCGAAGAAAACCUCUCUUCAGUCAUUCUCUGACUUGGUGCAACCACCUCCCCCAAACAAAACAAAAGAUGAGGAAAUGCCGUCAACUCCAGAAUCGGAGUCUAAGCCUGAUGAAGUGGCAGACGACAAAGAGGCGAAGGAUGAUAACGUGAAGGAAGAGGAGGUGUCAGAACGGACGGCAGAGGAGGCCACGCCCACAGAAGAGAUCACCAAAGCAACAGAAGAAGAAGAGGAGUUAAUGGACACCAACGACUACAUUCUUGGGGAGUACGCCGUCCUGGAAAGAGAACAGAAGCAGAUCGAUGAGCGAGCCUCCACUGUGGAGAAAUCACUUCGGAAAGCCAUGGAGGAUGGUACGGAUGACGAGGCCCAGCUGAUGAACGAGUGGUUUGAGUUGGUGAACAAGAAGAACGCGCUCAUCCGUCGGGAAGAACAGCUCAAUGCCAUGGAGAAGGAACAUGACUUGGAGAGGAAAUUUGAGAUGCUGAAUCGGGAGCUGAGGAAGAUGAUGGAGAUUGAAGAUUGGCAGAAGACGGAAGAGGAGAGAAAACGGGAGCAGCUACUCCUGGAAGAUCUGGUCAUCCUGGUCAACAAGCGAGACGAACUGGUCCAGCAACUGGACGCUCAGGAGAGAGAGGCUGAGGAGGAGGCAGAAUACUUGGACAACAUGCUGCAGAGAAGACGCAAACGAAAGGAGGAGAAGUGCUCCAUACAGUAGCAACACAGAACUGCAGUGUGAGAAGUCAGGGUGCCAGGUCCCUUCUUGCGGGCAAUGCAGACAAUGCUUAUAAGAUUUGAGGAUCUUUAGCAUUCAUUAAUUAUGGAAUCUUGAAGUUGAGUGAAUUUUGAAGUUCCCUGGUUAAGUUUCCCGGGGGUUGACUAGGUGCAUGUUUAAUGUUUCACCAACCCCAAAGCAACCAUAUAGGAUCGUUUAGUUAAAGCCGCACUCAGAUACAGAAUAACAAGUACAGUGCGGUACAGAGUGGGUUAAUUUGAGCAAGUCUACUGUCUCCUUCAAAUUCCCAUUGUAAUAGUGACCAAUUUGGCAACAUUUUGGAGGGCAUCGAUUGAGAAGCAGCCAAUUGGGACUUUGUUGCUGAGGAGGUGACAUGUUCUUGACAACAACCCAUGCUAUAAAGAGGUGUGGGGGGGAGAUGCUGACAUUGGAGUGAUUUCUAGGCAUUUUCGUGGUUGGCCGCUCAGGCUGCCUCCUCCUUCGUUAUUCUGGCUUUCAAUCAACGCUCGUGUCUCACGCCUGGGCGCCCACUGUUUCCGCCCGGCCGACUGCUCCACUCGCUCAACGCAUCAUUAAAAGUAUGGGGUUUUUUUUCUGGGUUUGUUUCUUUCUUUUCCUUUUUCUCUAUCCCACAUCGCAGGCACUUAGGGUUCGGCCUGGGAUUUGUUAUUCAUGCAAAUGUAAGGGCAGUAUCUUGCUGAGUGGAUCUGUUAAAAAACAGUAUCAUAACGCAGGAUUUUGGUGGUUGAUUUUUGAAUAAUGCACGCGUACUUCCUGUGUAUCAUUUGGGUGAAUUCUCCAUUGAGAAUAGACAGGCCAUUAAAGGCAAGGGAAAUAUUAUCUCUUGUCCGAGCUCAUUCACAAGGGUUUUUUCCCCUUCUUCCUCCUCUCACAACAAUGACAAAAUUCUAUAUAUAUUUCCAUGACUUGUGAUAGAUUGGGGACCGUACAAAUAGUUGUGCUUUGUUCAGAACGGUAAAAGUCAAGGCUUGGCCUGUGGAGACCGCUAGAAUUUAUUUUUUAUUCGAUGGUUAAGGGUUGCAGUGACACUGAAUUUUUAGAAGUAUGCUUUGGGCAAAUCUGUGGAUCAUACUUGGGUGUGUUGGGGGUAUUCUGUGACGUUUUGUGUGUCUUUAUGGAGCUGGGAUGUGUAGAGACUGACAUGGAUGUAAAUGAGAGAAGUGAGCGGGGUGUUGGUUGUAUUUUCUGGGUUGUAGCUCGUUAACCAGCAGCUUUGUUUAGGCUGACUGCUUUGGGUAAGGAACUUGAUCGAGAAAAGCCAUCUUUCCCUGGAUGUAAAAGGAAGAGUUAGGGAGUGGCAUUAAUAUUUGUAUAGCAAGUAGGUACGCAUUUUAGGACAACUUGUUUUGACUGAAGGGGUGGUUUGUUCAUUGGUCAUGGUUAAAGUGGGUUUACAUCAACCACAAUGUGAUCGAAGACUAUGUUCAGAGCCGUCAGGGUUGGGCGUAGUAUGAAAGCAGAGCAGAUUGGUGUGCCUCUUACUUUUCAAGUUCAUUUUUGUUCGAAGCAUUGCAAUUGGUUUAUAGUACUUUUACUAUUGGCAUAAAUGAACCGAUUUGAUGUCGUGUGCGUGGUCGGUGGAGACCUGUAGAGAGCCUUAUCAAACUAAAUGUUGCCACCUCGGCCGAGGAUCAUGAUUUGAUACUGCUUAUAGUUAGCCAGCCGUUCUUGCUCCCACGCUGCGGACUGUUUUUUCGUGCUGCACAGAGCCGGGAAUCGGCGACUGUAUCUCUCCUGAUCCGCACUCCUUUGCCUGAAUUAUAAAAGUUCUGCCUUUUUUUCCCCAGCGAAUGCCGGGGUUGCACCACUGUGACACCAAAGCAAACUUCAGUGCCUUUUAUCUAAUUAAUGCACCCGUGACACUGGCUAUAGCUAUCACAAGAGGAGGAAAAAUAAGUACGAAACAAGAUAACGUUACGUAACCUGUAUGAGCAAUGUAUAAAUAUGAUAUCGAUCAGAUAUCUUCACGUGAUUGACGGUUUGGCCAAGAUAUUUGUGUGUAUGUAUAUAUACAUGUAUAUAUAAAGUAUCGUGUAUGCAGAUUUACACGUGCAACGUGUGUAUUUACUAUUGGGAAGCUGAGAAAUGGUGAUGUGUUAUGAAUAACCGUCUUCCUGUGAAAUGAAUGGAAAGAGGACGGCCAACCUUAUAGAUUAGCCGCAACUGGACAGGAUGUAUAAAAUUGCUAUGUAUAUACAUGUACAUGCAGCAGGAGAAAAAAAGGAAAUAGGUUUUAAGCAACUCAAAGAUUUACCGCAAAUACUAAGUUAAUUUGUAAAUAUAUGUAAUAUGCAGGUCGAUUUUUUUUGUGUUGGAACAAACUUCGGUUGCUUUUGUUGAAUGGAAUGUUCAUUCCAAACGUCACAAGGUUGAUAAUGGCAAUGUGUUGAACAACUGUACAUUAACCCUGCAUUAUGCUAGGCCUAUGUAGUAUGCUAGUAAAGGGGAGUUAGCAAAUUCACACUGUGCAGCGUAAAUAUAAAGUGGUUACAUAUAGGUUUUAUUCGUUCACCAUAGAAAUAUUCUUUCGGUGCAAGACUUUUUCCCAGAAUUACCCAUCAACUUAGAGCUGUACAUAGGCCGACUAAUUUGGGAAAUGAAAUUUACUUAAUAUCAAAAAAUUAAGUGAACGAAGUUUUAUUUCAAGCUCAUCUAGGCAAAAGUAUAUUUUCUCGACCGACAUCCCCUUUUGUCUUUCUGGCUAAUGUUUAUUGAUGAGGUGGACGAAUUAUUUUGUUGAUUCGUGAAUCAAUUUGAAAUCUGACCACCAAUUACUAUUUUCAUAUGAACUUAGCAAUGUAACAAUUGCAAACUUUAGACCUUCAAAGUUACAGUAGUCAGCAUUGCCCUUUUGCUACUCGUGAAAUGUCGGUAGAUUUUGAGAUUAUGUUCCGGUACAUCGUUUAUUUGGUUCUCUUUUAAUUGAUAUUGUACUUUGUUUUGAGUGACCGGAAAUUGUUUGGUUUGUAAUGUAUUAUAAAGCGUUUAUGUGUAUAGAGUGCACUGCACGGAAAGUGUAUUGAAAAAAAAAUAAGUCAAAGGUUUGAGAAGACGCCCAGUACCGCUGCUCCGUGACGCGCGCUGCUUUAUCGUGCAAUGAAAUUAAUAAGUACCCGGGGUUAUAAUCUGCGGUCCUCUUGGAAUUCCCGAGCGAGGAACACUUUGGGAAAUAGGGGGAACUAUAGGCUUGAGCCAAAAAAAAAAAAAAAAAGACUGCUUCAUGUUGGGUGCAUAUACCCGGGAUUGGUUUUGGCGCGGUAUACGUCGGCCUGGACGGGGGGAAAUUAUAUGCCCUGGCGGGGCUAGAGCAAUCCUGCACCGGCAAUUUUUCUAAUUGUCCCCGCCAUCACUUGGCAUAAUCACGCUGCCGUGAUAGGAUCCAAGUCGCUGUCUCUCCCAUUGCUUCGUCCCCCCCCCUCCACUCGAGCCGAGUGUCAACCCUCCGUGAAAAUUGUUGUUGCAGUGUUACAGCAGAUGAAAUUGCUCGGCAUUGUUGAUUAAUCGUGUCGCUUUAAGACCCCUCACUCGGCCAGAAUCAAAUCAAAUUUCGAUUUGGGGGCGAUCCAGGGGGACCGAGUCCCGCGUGCGCACCGCUUCACCGCGGCACGCUGCGAUGAGGUACAGGUGUACCUUGUACAAGAGGAGCGGUGCUUCUCCGGAUUUUUUUUUUUUUUUUGUCGAAGCGUCGCUUCAGUAUCCGUAUUAAAGGAGCUCAUAUUUCAUGUAUAGGGGUAUAAUCUUGCCGCAGUGAGUUUAUCCCAAAGGGUGAAACUCUCUACAUGUUCAUCUUUAUUUUCCUUUUUAGCCCUUUUUUUGUGCUAGACGACACGUCCGUGUGUCGGUAUUGCCCGCCCCCUCCCCCAAAAAACACCAAGAAAGAUGUGAGGUUAUAGGUUCAUCGUGUAAAGAAUGAAUUGUACUGAUACGAAAUAAAAAGAAUGCAAGAGCAUAGUUUAAAACGAA